AUGAGUAUCAGAACUAGUGAUAUAGUCGAAGUGAUGAUUACGACGGUGGCUAAUUUACCAAGAAACCUCGAGUCAACAAACACAGUUAAAAUCUAUCUACACGACGUUUUCCGAGAGGUUGUUGAAGACGUACGUGAAACGGUAAUACAUUUAAGAUCAUCUCACAUCCAUUUGAAGCCACGUGGGGGUUUCACGUCACCGCAUCUCUAUGAACUCCUUCGUUAUCGGUCUGUUCCUGAAUCGAGACAUUUAGGUCAAACAAUCGCUCACAAAAUCAAUCAAAGACUUGCUAAUGAUAAUUCUCUUAGAGAACCUGUUUUCGUAACCGUCAAUGUGAACUUCAUCAAAGAAGAGAGGUGGAUUUCGCUUUCACCGUCAACGCUGCAUGUUUCUCCUCCGUCAAAGGGUGCUUCGCGGGAAGUUUUGCAGAGAUUAGUUAAAGAACAGAGAGUGGAACCAAAGGAUUUGGAUGGAAAAAGUGAGACUCAGUGUUCAAUUUGUAUUGUGGCUUUUUGCAAGAGUCGCGAAUGCAUUAUUGAGUUGCCUGAAUGCAAACAUUUGUUUCAUGAAGAUUGUCUCUUCGAGUGGCUUGCUCGUCAAAACUCGUGCCCAUUGUGUCGAAGUGUUCCCAAUCCAUUUUAA